AAAAUGGCGACAGCCCAUCCACAACUAUACGUAGUUUUACCACUGCGACGGACUGAAAACUAGUUGACUAAUUAACUGUUUAUAGUACUGUGGAAAAGAACGAUGGUCCUUUGCAAGUUAGUCAUUCCUUAUUCCAACAAGUUUCACCAACAUGAAAGUUCCGUUGAUGUUUUUCCUCAUUCGGAUAAGUUUUUACGACAUAUAUUCCCCUUGAUGAAAAUGAUAGAUCACAAUCGUCGGUCCACUACAUUAUUUUUUUUCCGGCGUGCUUCCUUUCCUUGCCCUAUAAACAGAGGAAGUCACGUUACACUAAUUACUUCACCGUGCAAAGAGUUGAGAAAACCUGGCGCAGCAGAAAUUCCAUAGCUAGUUCAGAGCUUGAAUCGUCACGAAAUUUCCAGAUGACGACGACCAAGACAAAAGGUUUUACCAUACUCUUGUGCGUCGUGGCGUCACAAGCGACCUUAUUGUACAGUUUCGGAUACGACAUGGUGGUGGUGCUUCUUUCCACCCCCACCACGAUGGAAGAGGAUCUCGGGAUGACGGAGAAUGAAGGGCUCCACUUUCGCAACGCUACAAAAUGGUUGUUCUUCGUCGCGUGCUUCGUUUCGGGGUUUGUGGCAGAUUUUCUUGGCCGUCGCUCGACGCUGAUCUUAUCAGGAACCCUGUCGUUCGUAGGGUUCCUGAUAAUGUCGUUAGCGGUUUCGUAUGGCGUCCUCAUCGCAGGCAGAAUCAUCUCCCUCGUCGGAAUCGGGUUAGGACUCCCAGUCGCACCUCUCUACAUCGGGGAGGUCGCGCCCCCGAGCCGACGAGGAUUUCUCAACUCCAUCCCCGAGGUUUUCUGGUGCUUGGGCAUCUUUCUGGCUGUCGUGACACGUGCUGCAGUUCGCGAUCUAUCGGCGAGUUCACAGUGGCGGGGACUGGUAGGCGUCGCUAUCGUCCCGUCCUUGAUUCUGGGGGUCGGCAUGAUACUCAUGCUGGAAUCCCCCAGUUGGUUGGUCAGGCGAGCUCGAGUCGCGGAUGCAAAAGCCACACUCCAGAGGACACUGAAAACAUCCGAGGAAGUCGACGAGAGGCUCCUCCAGUUGAGAACGGCAGCACGAAUCCUGCCAACAAUCGGGGACGAGAAUUUCGAGGCGAUCCCCCAGGACAUUCAAGUCCUGGCGAUCCUGCAGGAGAUUCGUCGCCCGGCGACAAAUUUCACAUUGAAAGUGCUCUUCCUCUCCAACUUGACUCCCCACCUGGUCCAACCAAUGGCUGGUACGGACCUACUGACAUACGAGUCUGUGCUGAAGUUCGGCCUCCACGGUCCGUUCGCACCCAUGGAUUUUCUACUGGACCAACUCCCCUUUCUUUUCGGGAGGUUGUUGCCCAUCUUGUUCCCGAUGCUCGUGUCAGAUGUCAUCGGGCGACGAAAACUGAUCUGGCUGAGCAUGGUGCUGGUGACGGUCUCGAUGGUCGCCAUGAACGUAUCGUUCAUGGCACUUGACCAUCGAUUCUUCGACUCGGGAGUUGCCGAGCGGAUGAGCAAGUGGAGUAUGGUUGCGGUUUUCGGGUCGUUUUCAUUGGGCUUGGGCCCGAUGACUUGGGUGCACACCUCGGAGGUCCUGCCUUUCAAGGUAAGGGCCCAAUUGAUAGGGAUGACCGUGGUGGUAAAUAGGCUGAUCUGCCUGGGCCUAACCUACCUAAAACCAAUCACGGAUCGGUGGACCAAGGACUUGUUGUUCUUGAUUCUCAACUUGGUGUUGCCUUACAUGGGACAAAGGUUGUGCCGAAAACACCUUAUGGAAACGCGAGGGAAAUCUUUGGAAGUGACGGACCUGCUUAUUAGUCCCACCUUGGAUCUAAAUUUGGGCCAUGUGCGCUUCAACUUCUGACCUUUAUUUUCGGGUCGUUCUCUUUGGGCCAACUGGCCCAUUUGUACAGUUUUCUUUUGGAUUUUGUACAGUUGUCUCAUUAGAAGCUGUAUUUCUUGAGAAGCUCUACAUCUUCUAAGAGGUUAGACAAAACUACUACCUUGUUUCUGGUUAUAGAUUCUGCAGUGGAAAUCAAAAGCACUAGCCUAGCUAUAGAUACCGUCGUAAAAGGUGCUUUGUUUAUAUGUAUAAACAAAGCACCAUUUCUUACUCGCAAGCUAUUUUAUGAUUUUAUUCAAGCUAAUUACUCAUUGGCAGUGAGUGAGAUCCGGAAAGAACACUAUAGGUGCUUAUACUUAGAGGUGGUAAAUGGAUUGAAUUUAUGAAUCUAAGGAUUUGUGGAUUGAAAUGAAUGUAUGAAUGAAUCCAUGGAUUCGUAGAUUGAACUCCUAAAUUCAUGUGUCAUCUACUUUUUUGGACCAUUUUGUAAACUUUUAAAAGUUUUGGGGCACUAAAAUGUCAUACUAGAGGUAUGGCAUUGUAAUUUUGAAGUAUAUUUGUUGUAAAAAUACAAAGUUUAGGUACCUAAUUGUAAGAUUUAAGAUCGAGAAAGAGAAAUUAGUUAAGGCUUUAACUAAUUAUUAAAGGGGUAGAAGUGGAAGAAGAUGAACAAAUACAUAAGUAAGAAAGUAAGGAUAUCGAUUGAUUUGUCUUCAUCAAUAAGUUGAAAAGAAAUUAAAUUAUUGGAGAAAUUGUGUAAAAAAGAACUUAUUUAGAUUCGACUCGUUGGCCGGAAUGACAAAUGGAGUUGGAGUAAUAUCAGUUGCCUCUAUUAAAUGAUAUUUCACUUUUAUUAUAUUACAAAAUAAAUUGAAAUAGUGCCG